CAUCGAAGAGCUUCUACUUAUCGUCGCAUCGGCACCAUAUUGUUGGAGAAGUCAGUUUCGUUCCUGACCGUGACCAUCAGAGGUGGGAAAGUCAAAUGCGAUCGAGGGUGAGCAGUGUUUGACGAUGCCUGCACCCCUCAGUAACUAGCGCGAAUCUUGUGAAAAGUACAGCUGGAAUCAAAACGGAAAACAAAGAGAAAGACCAACAACACUGCGACCACGUGGGAAGCGACAAAAGAGUAAGAGACGACCUCUACACUUAGUACAUUCGGAGGACGUCCCACAGUUGCAAGCAUGCCGGCCUCAUCAAGCAGACCCUCGGCUCGAGAAGUUGCGCCAGCUGCUGGUCGCGCUCCUCUGCUGGAAAACUCGGACGAUCCCGUUGCAACCAGAAUAAACCCGACCGGUGAAUUAUCAGGCGGAAGCUCAACCACUGCUUCCUCAUCUUCAGGAUCAAAGUCAACGUCAUCUUCAAGAAAAACUGUAACAGGCAGUACGGAAAUAGCAAAAGGAAAUCAAAACCCGACUGAGGCAGAGGCUGCUGCGUCUCAACUCACUAGCUUUCCGCCACCCACAACGGAUUCUGAAAUAUCCGACCACUCAGAAGUAGCCCGAAUCACCGACAUCAACUUUCGGGAACAUCAAAACGGCUACCCUUUGUCAGCCAAUGUGACGAAUGCGGGGACGAGCACUGGAAGACCAACGCAGCACCCGUUGAUAGGUGGCGAGCAGAGACCGUACCCGCGGUGGUUUCAGUUCAUACGACGGCAUCUGUUCAAGGGCUGGCUGAGCUCGACGAUCAUCUUCUUCCUCUUGUUCGUGUUAGUCGACGGGUUGUGGAAGGGGUGGACGAAUGAGGAAUUUCACUCCGAUUUGAAAUACGCCUCCAUACCGGUGGUGUCAAUACUCUUCACCUGGUGGCACGUGUGGCUCGGUUUGCAGAUGUGCUUCUACCCGGUGCAGUUUAAGGUAUACUAAAAUACUUGAUAUAAUUGGGCAGUCGUGGCUUGUUGUAUUGCGGAAAAGCGAUCAGUAGUACCAGUGGUCGACGAGUAGAUGAAGCAACUCCAUUUUUUUCCAAAGCAUUUACAUUCCCCGCAUGCAGCAACGACCGCAAAGAAAAUAAAAAACGAACUCAGGGUUGCUUCGAGCCCUAUCUUGGGUGGCAGGGGAUUGUGCCUCGACGAGCGGAGGUGAUGGCGAAGCGUAUGGGUGUGUCAGGAUCGAAAUCGACAAAAUCGAAAUGAUUUGUCAUGCAUAAAAUGGAUUCCGGUUCGAACCCAGUUUCUAAGUGGCGCAUAACAAAUUCUGGCGAUGCCUAAAUCCAGUUUGUAAUGCUGUUUAGGCAAAGAAGACUGAUUCUCUCACGCUGCUUUAGCAGCUCGAGCUAUAACCCCAAACAGGCUUACAAUUGGCCUAACUUGCCUGCUCUGCAACGCAUGUAUUUCGCGUCAUGCAUUUUAUGCAUCACAAAUUUUUCGAUUUUGUCAAUUUCGAUCCUGACAGUUCCAUAAAGCGGUCUUGUGACAUAAUGAUCGGAAAUUUGAUCACGAUAGAGGAGAUCGUGGACAGAUUGAAGCUAUGACUUGCUCAAGCGCUACAAUCUCAAAUGUUACAAUAGAAUCUGGAAUUUGUGUUGCAUGAUGAGCAUGACAGAUUCGUACAGCGUUCCACUUUUUGCAACACAAAUUUCGCCAGAUUGUAGUGGGGUUCGGGGCCCCGGAACUUGUCAUGCGCAAUGCUAUGAGAAAUGGCUAGAUCUUUAUGCACUCUUGCAUCACAGAUUUCCAUAUUCUAUUGUAACGUUUGAGAUUGUAACACCUGAACGGGUUAUAGAAACCGGACGACUUCUUCGAAUCCUUGCACCCGGUGCUGCAAGAGUGUCACGCGAAGAUUCUGCAGAAGAUUGGGGAAAAGUACUGGCCAAAUCUGUGGAGAUUAGUACCGGGAAGCGUGAAGGAGGAGAUUCACAAGAAGGCGCUCGAGGAGAGCGAGCAACUGUAUUUUUGGGAGUUUGGUUUUUGUCUUGCAGCCGCAAAAGCUUCCUGGGUUUAUAUGGUGUCAGGCUGGAUGAGCUGCGCACAACAUUUUACAUCAUUUCCCCUCGCGCCCUGAUUCCAUCACAGGUUCGCCCCGAUCAUGGAGGACUUGAAGCAAAAUAUCAAUUCCAUCUUCGACGUGAAGGAGAUGUGCAUUUACCAGCUCACCUCCCGGCGGGAACUCCUCGUCGAGCUCUUUCAGAAGAUCGGUCAACGCGAGUUUCAGUUCAUUCUCCACGUCUCCGCGGUGAUGGGCUUCGUCCUCGGUUGCGUGCAACUCAUCAUCUGGCUGUUCCUGAAAAGCAACCCGCAGGUCUCGCUCUUCAUCCUGCCCACGUCCGGGUUGAUUAUCGGCUACCUGACGAACUGGCUCGGGUAUGCAAUGUAAAUUUCCUGUACAUGUACAAAAUGCAUGACAAAUUCCGCUAACUUGCAGUGUCCAACUUGAUGUCAUGCUACGCUAGGAUUGAAGGCAAGUUUUGUCAUGCAGGGACUGCAUUUGUACGUGUACAGGAAAUUUACUGUGGACAUCGGGAUCACCAUGAUCUUCAAACCCGUCCGGCCGCACAUUUUCUGCUGCGGGUACCUGAACUUUCAGGGCGUUUUCCUGAAACGGCAAAAGCAGGUCGCGCGGGAACUGUCCCGAAUGUUGGCGAACUCGCUGCUACAAUCGAAAGAGAUGAUCGAAUACGUAGUGAACCACAAUCGGAUGGAGGGAGGCUACGGCCGGUUGUUGGAGAUGCACCGGGAGCACACGCACAAAGCGGUCGAUUCGAUCAUGGGGAAAAUGGUGCGGGACGCGGUAAUACCAAUGACAAUCGGGAGUGAAGUGUACACGCAGAUAAAAGAGGACGUCGUGCAGGAGAUGCUGCAGGUAUGGCGAGGGUGAUAAUCCUGUAUUUGAAGUCUACUUCAUGUUCAUUUACAUUUGCAACACAAAAGCGAAAUCAUCAAAGUGAUUGACGUUACAGACGCGACGCCGGCUGCAGUUGUUCCAUGCAGAAGCUAAUGAAGUUGCAUCUUGAAAAAACGCAGGUCUUCCCCCGGUACGCCUCGCAGUUUACGGAGUACGCUGAUCGGGUCUUCAGUCUGGAGGAAACCUUGAGAACGCGAUUGGGAAACUUGCCACCAGAAGAGUUUGAGGGGAUGCUGCACCCAGUUUUUCAAGAGGACGAAUGGAUGAUCUUGCUACUUGGUGGUGUUCUAGGCGUGUUGGUCGGAUUUUUCCAGGGAUUGGCCUUGGGGGCGUAGUUGGUUCUGUAGGCUAUUUUGGCGGGUGUGUAAGUAAAGCGCAUUUGAAAAUCCGCCUCGAGCUCGACACGAGGAAUCUAGCAACUCGAGGGAGGCGUAUUCCCCAUGUGUUUUAGCUGUAUCGUGAAUAUUCAUGUACGCGCUUCUACUACUUGACUCUUAUUGUUUGCAAGUGCAUCAGGAUCAGCAACUUUGCGGCAUAAAAGCUACCUCGUGCUGGUGCUCUCAUGCAACAAUGACAUUUUGCUUUCGGCGUUCGUACCACGCCGAAUUUUAAUUUGACGAGCAAUAGACAAGAAAUGACCAUCAAAUGACAAGUAGUCAUCUAAUGUAAUCCGUGUAU